AUGGACGACGCCGACCCUAUCAGCAACUUUUUCCCCCAGGUUACUGCCUCCAACCAGUCUUCCAUCCUCUACGAAGCUCUCUCCCUCACUUCCGCCGCCACCCCCGAAGAGAUUCGCAAAUCAUACCGCCGUCUCGCUCUCCAAUUCCAUCCAGACAAGCACUCUUCUAAGUCCGACUCUGAAAAGGAGGAGAAGGCAAAGCAAUUCCAAAGGAUCGGUUUUGCUUAUGCCGUCCUGAGCGAUGAGGGUAGGAAGAAGAGGUACGAUAAAACUGGGAGGACAGACGACAAGUUUGCCGGGGCAGAGGAGAUGGGCUGGGACGCGUACUUUGAGAGCUUGUACAAGCGGGUAGAUAGGAAGGUGCUGGAUGAUGACAAGUUGAAGUACCAGGGCUCUGAUGAGGAGAAGGACGAUAUCAUUUCCGCUUUCAACAACGCCUCUGGCUCUCUUCCUGACAUUCUCUCUUACGUCCCACACUCCACGCAUCAUGAUGAAGAGCGCUUCGUCACCCUCAUAAACGAACUCAUCGAUGAGGGUGAGCUUGACUCCACACCAAAGUGGAAGAAGACGUCGACAGACGAAAAGGCGCGUGCCAAACGCGCGAAAGCAGGAGAGAAGGCUGCGAAGGAAGCUGAGAAGGCUGCUAAAGAGCUCGGUGUAUGGGAUGAGUUCUACGGAACUGGCGCCAAGGGCAAAAGGCAGGGCGACAGGGAGAAGGAGGAGGGAGGGGGUGGAGACGGGUCAUUACAGGCUUUGAUUCUUAAACGACAGAGGGACAGAGAAGGCGCCCUGGAUGCGAUGGAGGAAAAGUACCGCAAGCUGGAUGAAGAGGCGAGGGCUACCAAGAAGGCCAAGAAGGGGAAAGGGAAGAAAGAGGAUGCUGGAGAGCCGCCCGAGUUGAGCGAAGCCGAUUUUGAAGCCCUUCAGGCCAAGAUGUUUGGUAAAAAAGACUCUGAAUCCAAGCCGAAAAAGAAGUCUGGAAAAACCAAGGCUUGA